UCGGGGCCGCGGAUCCCACGGAGGGCGGCGGCCUGGGCCAGCCAAGCCAUGGCGGCUCCGGAGCCGGCGCCGAGGCGGGGCCGGGAGCGGGAGCGGGAGGAUGAGAGCGAGGACGAGAGCGACAUCCUGGAGGAGAGCCCUUGCGGCCGCUGGCAGAAGCGGCGAGAGCAGGUGAACCAGGGGAACAUGCCAGGGGUCCAGAGCACCUUCCUGGCCAUGGACACUGAGGAGGGGGUGGAGGUGGUGUGGAAUGAGUUGCACUUCAGGGACAGGAAGGCUUUCGCAACCCAUGAGGAGAAGAUCCAGACCAUGUUUGAGCAGCUGGCGCUGGUAGACCACCCCAACAUUGUCAAGCUGCACAAACACUGGCUGGAUGCCUCGGAAGCCCGGGCACGGUUGGCGGAGCCUGCCCGCCCCACAGGUCAUCUUCAUCACCGAGUACGUGUCGUCAGGCAGCCUCAAGCAAUUCCUCAAGAAGACCAAGAAAAACCACAAAGCCAUGAACGCCCGGAGUCCAUCCGCCACCAGGCCUGGAAGCGCUGGUGCACACAGAUCCUGUCGGCGCUCAGCUUUCUACACGCCUGCAACCCCCCCAUCAUCCACGGGAACCUGACCAGCGAUACCAUUUUCAUACAACACAACGGCCUCAUCAAGAUUGGCUCUGUGUGGCACCGCAUCUUCUCCAAUGCACUCCCAGAUGAUCUCCGAAGCCCUAUCCGCGUGGAGCGUGAGGAACCACGGAACCUGCACUUCUUCCCACCAGAGUACGGCGAGGUUGCUGAUGGCACUGCCGUGGACAUCUUCUCCUUUGGGAUGUGUGCACUGGAGAUGGCUGUGCUGGAGAUCCAAGCCAAUGGAGACACCCGGGUCACAGAGGAGGCCAUCACUCGCGCCAGGCACUCCCUCAGCGACCCCAACAUGCGGGAGUUCGUCCUCUCCUGCCUGGCCCGGGACCCCAGCCGGCGGCCCUCAGCCCACAACCUCCUCUUCCACCGCGUGCUCUUCGAAGUGCACUCCCUGAAGCUCCUGGCAGCUCACUGCUUCCUCCAGCACCAAUACCUCAUGCCUGAGAACGUGGUGGAGGAAAAGACCAAGGCGGUGGACCUGAAUGCGGUCCUGGCGGAGCUUCCCCGGCCGGCCCGGCCCCCACUGCAGUGGCGGUACUCAGAGGUCUCCUACCUGGAGCUUGACAAAUUCCUGGAGGAUGUCAGGAAUGGGAUCUACCCGCUGAUGAACUUUGCCGCUGCCCGACCCCUGGGGCUUCCCCGGGUGCUGGCCCCACCGCCUGAGGAGACCCAGAAGGCCAAGACCCCGACACCGGAACCUUUUGACUCAGAGACCAGAAAGGUGAUCCAGAUGCAAUGCAACCUGGAGAGAAGUGAGGACAAGGCCCGCUGGCAUCUCACUCUGCUUCUGGUGCUGGAGGACCGGCUGCACCGGCAGCUCACUUACGACCUGCUCCCAACGGACAGUGCCCAGGACCUUGCUGCCGAGCUGGUACACUACGGCUUCGUUCACGAGGAUGACCGGACCAAGCUGGCUGCCUUCCUGGAAAGCACCUUCCUCAAGUACCUUGGAGCUCAGCCGUGACCUCCCGACCCCAGCCCCUAGGGACCAGCCCCGGCAGCCCGCAUGGGGAAGCUCAGCAUUGGCCCAGGGUUCAGAGGACCAGGGGCUGUCCUCUGCUUACAUGCUGGGGGCUGAUGACCAAACACCUGCCUUCUACAGCUUCCAAGGAGGCCCUGGAGUGGGGUGGGGAAGGUGGUGGCUUUGGAGCUACAGGGGGACGAUCAGGGGGUGAAGGAGCCUAGGUUGGGGGUCAGGGGAGUCGUUGGGUCCCACAUGUCCUUAGGAUCAGGAUCCCCCCCCACCUAGCCAGCUUCCACAACUCAGAAUCCCUUCCCGUGUCCACCACUUCCUGGCCAAGAGCUCUCCCCCCACCCCAGGAUAUCUGGCCAGUGAUUGUACCUUCGGCAUGGGGGAGGCUGCCCCCCAGGGAAGCCCAGUGCUGAGGGUGGGGGACCCGUGUCCUGGACAGAUGUCUGGCCAGGGAGAUGCUCCACCCCCUGUUGGAACCACAGACCCACGUGAGGAACCCCCACAUUAAGCCAGUGGCACCACACCCGCGGACGUCAGGCACAGUGCGGGGCACAGGACAGGGCCACAACCUGGCAGGAGGAGCAGUUGACAGAGAAGUUUCCGGAGCCCAAGUUCACAGUCUGAUGUGGCUUGUGCACAGCCCUCCAACCGCUGCCCAGUGCAGACCCGCCAUGGAGCCCCCUUCAGACGUUCCACUGCUCGGAGACAGGGAUCUGCCAGCCCUCUGCGGAUACUCUCUGGUCCCUGCACCCCCCCCCAAAGGGCUCUUUUCUCUUCCACUCCCUGGCCUGGACAGGUUGGGCUCAGGCAGAUACCCGCUCUUCACUGUGCCUCCUCUCAGAUCCAUUACCCCCUUUGUUACCUCCCUCACCUCUUCCCAUGGCGGCUGCCUCCCAGGUCCUGAGACUGUCAGCUCCCAAUUCCCCGUCUCUCCCCCUCAACUCCUUCCCACCCCUCAUUGCCCUGGCCUCAUUUCUCCCAGACUGCCUCCCCUCCAUCUUCAAAUUGAGUUAAACAUUCCUAAACGUUUUAAAUCGCAUGUAUACAU